CAUGACCAUGGGCUCAAGAGGCGGGCUCUCUUAGACCGGAGUUCUCUAUCCACCCAUCCAUACUGUUAUAUUUCUCAUAUCCAACAUUGAAGUGCUGGGGCACAACAAAAUGUGCAUGCAGCAGACGCUUGAAGUCAAUAAUUUUUUCUCACUCACGUCAAUUUCGUUGAAAGCUGGAUAAUAUUUUUUUACCAAACAAAUGGGGUCAUGCAAACUUCUGGAGAAUAUGAACAUGACAUUUGGGAAGUGAUUUGCAGACAUAAUAUCAAGUUUGUACGGAAUGGGUUCUUUUGCAUAACCUCAUCUCAGUUUAUGCAUCAGACAAAAUAACAUAGAAAAAUAGAAAAGCUAAAAUGGAGACAUUUACAUUGCAUGACAUGCUCAAAAAUUCCACUAAUCUUUAUAAGAUAUUAUGUGACUUUGGAAUCAAGAAUGUCUCGGAGUGCGACGAUGAAAGCCAGACGCGGCCGGAACCGAAAGAUUUGAACCAGACAGUGCGUAUCUUCCUCUACUGCCUCAUCUUCCUGGUCAGCGUGCUGGGUAACAGCCUGAUCAUCGCCGUGCUGGUGAAGAACCGCCACAUGCGCACAGUCACCAACCUGUUCCUGCUCUCCCUGGCCGCCAGCGACCUGAUGCUCUGCCUCUUCUGCAUGCCCUUCACCCUCAUCCCCAACCUCAUGAAGGACUUUGUGUUCGGCUCGGGCAUCUGCAAGGUGGCCAUGUACUUCAUGGGUAUCUCGGUGAGUGUCUCUACCUUCAAUCUGGUGGCCAUUUCUCUGGAGCGCUACAGUGCAAUCUGCAACCCCUUGACCUCCCGUACCUGGCAAACCAAGUCCCAUGCCGCCAAGGUCAUCUCUGCCACCUGGGUGGUGAGCUUCCUGCUCAUGCUGCCCUACCCCAUCUCCAGCACUCUGGUGCCCUUCACCCGGGUCAACAACAGCACGGGCAACAUGUGCCGCCUGGUCUGGCCCAGUGAUGUCAUCCAGCAGUCCUGGUAUGUGUCUCUGCUGCUGCUCCUCUUCCUGGUCCCUGGGAUCGUGAUGAUGACAGCCUACGGGCUCAUCUCCCUUGAGCUCUACAGGGGCAUUAAGUUUGAGAUGACCAAGAAGUCCAGCAGAGACAGACAGUGCAGCACGGGCAGCAUCAAACCCGGCGACAACGACGGCUGCUACCUCCAGCCCGCCAAGAGGAAGGGCGAGCUUGCCCACCUCCAGAGCCCUCUGUCGACCCACAGCCCUAACGUGACCAUCAAAAUCAGAGACAGCAUGGGCAGCGCUAAGUCCACGCUGAGCCGUGUGUGCAGCAACAGCUCCACCUGUAACCUGAUGGCUAAGAAGCGCGUGAUCCGCAUGCUCCUGGUCAUCGUCUGUCUUUUCUUCCUCUGCUGGACACCUGUGUUUGCCGUUAAUGCCUGGAGGGCCUUCGACCGCCGCUCUGCCGACAAGCUCCUCUCGGGGGCGCCGAUAUCCUUCAUCCAUCUGUUGUCGUACACCUCGGCUUGUGUCAACCCAAUUAUAUACUGCUUCAUGAAUAACCGUUUCCGCCAAGGGAUUCUGUCCACCUUCACCUGCUGUAGCUGCCCCAAGGGCGGUGGGGUCGGGAGGGGGGCUGGGAGUAGGAUGGGGACGGGGAGAGGGGGAGGAAGAGGAGGGAUGAGGAGCGGAGAGGAGAACGGGCACACGCCAUCGAGUGGUCAAAGCAGAAUGCCCCUUGGAUGUACUUCAUAGCCUCUUGUGUGUGUUCUGCUCCUCUCUGCAUAAAAUUCUCUUUGGAUACAUUCUUGUCGGGGACUUGAAAGCUUCAAACCACAGCCCAAUGAUGACACCACGUUCCCCAAGACAUUUAGAACAUCCCAUACCUCUGUGACCUCUUUUUACAGGCAGUGAGACAAAUGUAAAUACUUACUGACUUAAUCUUUGCCAUUCCAGGCAGUUGCGCAUUAUUUUGUGUCCUAGCCUUGUAGCAUAGUGUCACACUCGAAAACAAGCAAUUAGCGUACAAAACAGUCGUGUUUUCUCGUUCUUGACCCAGUCAGCGUGUGUUUUCAUCGUUGUACCACAUGUAGUACUGUGGGUGACAUGACUCGUUGCCUUAUCGAGGUGUGGGACUGUGCACCUGUCUGUCCUGCUACUUCAAAGAGAUGUUUCCCGGCACAACCUGUCAAUCACACCACACCUGGUCUCUGUUGACUUGGGUUGUAAAAUAUACUGCAGCGCAAAUAUAACAAACUGUUGUUUUUAUCUUGUUGUUUCUUGUAGCAUUAGGUCAAUUUUAAUUGUAUAGUUUUAUCAUUGCUAUCUAACUUGCAUUGGAAUACAUAACCCGAAAAAGGAAAUAGAAUAUUAAAAGUAUAGUAGUGUUAAUUUCUCCGAAUGUAUUUUUACAAACGGUCAAGGAAUGUGUACUGUAUGGACGCAGACCUCUGCUCCACUACCUGCUGGUGUCUGGCGGGGCCCUUUCAAAUCCCUGAGUAAGAAGGUGCAGAAGUUUGCCGAUGGAUUGCAUUUGCUUACAUUGGAAGGGCCAGUGGUUCUUGGAGAAGAAGCUCAUGAGAAGCAUAAACAAACACUCACCUCUGAACUGGUUCAGAGGCACAGGUUGUACGAACAAAUGCAGAGUGGUGUUACUUCACAGACUGACUAUUUGCUUUGCUUAAAGGGGCAAUCUGCAGUUGCUACAUCCAAUUUUAAACAUUUAAAUUAAUGAUAUACCCAUUGAUUCUUUAAGAAUAUAACUUUUAGAUGCCUCAUUAGUUUAGUUCAACUCUCGUACGCCAUCAGAACCUAAAAUAUAUACUUUUUUGCUCCUUUGUUUGUAAACAAUGCAACGGUAAAAAAUAAAAAAACACUAUGGCCUCAAAGCAUGGUUCAAACUAUAAUACCAUGGACGGUCAGUCCUUGUAUCCAUCCAUGGCUCUGUCCAUGAGUUUGAGAGUGGUUACAUUUCUCAAUCCCCAUCCCUGAGAUGUCUGCUUUGUUACUGUUCAAACUGCCCGUUUAAGUCAGCCCUUUAUGAGGAUAUUACCAUGGUUUUUUUUUGCAUACUUGAGGUCCUCCAACAUAAAAUACAUAUAGUUAACGACACAUUUAAUUUCACACAUAAUUCUGUCACUUUUUAUUUCUUGAUUUUUUUUUAUGCCAAUAUUGCAAGUAAUUUUUUUUAUGACAUAUGGAUUUGAGCAUGAACUGCAGUAUGUACAAAAAAAAAUAAAAAAUUCCCCUUGUUUUCA